UGCUCUGGUGUCUCACAGUAAUCAGAUCUUAGCAUUCAUGUUUUAACUUCUAGUAGAUUGAUUUAAAUUCUUUGCUGAUUCAUUGAGAUUAGAGAAAUGUUGCAGCUUUGUGAGUAAAACAACUCUGUGAUCUUAUGUUUCAGUGUUUUUGUGGAGCGGGACGUCUUAAGGUUGGCAAGAAACACCAGAUGUCCAUUCCUUGUGAGUUUGUUCUGUGCCUUCCAGACGGAACAUCACGCAUUCCUAGCUAUGGAAUUCGCUGCUGGAGGAAGUUUAGGGUCUCUGUUGAACACCGGUGCACUAACCCAGGAAAGCACUUUAUUCUAUGCUGCAUGCAUCACGUCAGGGAUCAAGUUCCUACAUGAUCGCGGAAUCAUCCACCGAGAUAUAAAGCCAGACAAUGUCGUAAUAGACAGCACUGGAUAUGCACAGCUUGCAGAUUUUGGACUCUGUAAAACAGGAGUCGACCACACAUCAGAAAUAGACGAGCCAUGUGGAGACCUCUCUUAUAAUGCCCCAGAAAUACUCAGAGGAGAACGCUACAACAGGACCGUGGACUGGUGGUCAUUAGGGAUAACUAUCUAUGAAAUAGCCGUUGCCAAGGUAAGUGUAAAGCCUCCAUCGAUAGAUUUCAUUAGGCUCUAGAAUGUUAUCUUCUCUUUGUUUAUUCUGUAGAAUAACAAUAAAAAAGACCUCAGUCCGGUCACAGAUAAGAUUAUUAUUUCAAGUUUUAAAACUAAGUGGUAACUAAAUGUCCCAUAAUACUUCUAACUUCUAAAGUGUACUAGUCUAGUUAUAUUCACCCUAUAUACAGUAGUUACAGUAUCUGUUUAGAAAGUAUUACCCUGCUAUAGCACUGAUGUCCUUUUCCUUUUCCUAAUGAGAUUCUUUUUUUUU